CGCACAAUCACAGACGGAGGCAGCGAUCGAUGCGUAACAACAAGCCCACACUGUUUUCACGCCAUCAUUGCUUCAGCGACGUCCACUGGAGCCUCCGCUUCCCUGGGCCCUGAACCAUCUAUCACCUUUGGCCGCCGUGCCCUCGUGCUCUUCACCUUCUCAGACCUGUGAUGGAGUCUCUUGGCAAGAAUGGUCGCUCUCUUGAUAUGGGGACCUCCAAGCGUGACGCGUUAUCGUCGCGGCAUUCAAUGGCGUCACACCUAGUCGCGGCGAGAGGGCCUUAGCCUUCACUUGUUUGGUCCUCCCCUUGGUUUGGCGCGAGCAAAUGCACGGCCUGAGCCGUAUUGACGCGCCUCUUCUGAGCGGCCAAGCUGAGCAGUUCACUGCCUCGAAUACUUCGCGUCUCCCUGCCUGUGGGCGUCUCUCGGUAUGAUGCUGCGUCUAAUUUGGUGUCUCUAUCGCUGAUCUACCUCUUUGCGCCAGUCAUGAGGUUGCGGAUUCGCGGCCGUUCUCGUGUUGCUAGCUGCGGCGCGGUCGCGGUAGCUCCUCGUGCUGCCGCCUCUCGCCGCCUAGAGGCUCUGGCUCUCGAGGAGUCUAACAGCUUCUUCUCUGCCUCGCACCACGGCACUGCCAGCUACGCCGUGACCAGAGACAUACCACUUGGGCUCGAUGCUGGCUCCUCUGGUCGGGCGACACCCGGUGCCCUCUUCCUCUCCCCCAUUUCGACUCGCACGCCGUGGGAGCAAGUCUCCCACAAGAGCAACAGGCACGAGUUUGAAUGGUAGAGCAAAACAGGCGCGGCCGGACGUGAAAAGGUGACGUAGGCAAGCCAGCACGGUAGUCCGUGACGCGUUUGUGCCGUAGAUGCGCCUCAACCAGGUGCCGGAUUCACAUGCGCACACACACGGACAUCGACGAUAUGUCCCCUUGCGAGCGACGAAUCGAAGCAAAGCUCCCAUCGACAGCUUUCGGUCACUGCCACUGCCGCGCCGCUCCAUUUGCGCAACAUCAACCCAACUCCUGACCUCGCAGCCCACUACCAUAUAGCCGCGCGGCAGAGUGCGCAGCCGGUGGCGAUGA